CCGCGGCGCAGAAGGCCCCCCGGGCGCCGGGGCCGCUGUCAUGGCGGCGGGAACGCGGGCGCUGCUGCCGCUCUUGGUGCUGCUGCCUUUGGCCGCCGCCGUCUACGAGGACCAAGUGGGCAAGUUCGACUGGAGGCAGCAGUACGUGGGGAAGCUCAAGUUCGCCUCCCUGGAGGCCUCGCAGGGCUCCAAGAAGCUCGUCGUGGCUACCGAGGAGAACGUGGUGGCCGCCCUGAACUCCCGGAGCGGCGAAAUCCUGUGGCGCCACGUGGACAGGGGCACGCCCGAGGGAGCCGUGGAUGCCGUGCUGACCCACGGGCAGGAUGCCAUCACCGUGUCCAGUGCUGGGCGGAUUCUGCGUUCCUGGGAGACCAACAUCGGGGGCUUGAACUGGGAGACCUCCCUGGACACUGGCAGUUUCCAGGGGGCUGCCCUGGUGGGGCUCCCCGAGGCAGUGAAGUACGUGGCAGUGCUGAAGAAGGCGGCCCUGUCUCUGCACUACCUAUCCAACGGGCACCAGAAGUGGGUGGAACACCUGCCAGAAAGUGAGAGCACUCAGUACGAGCUGCUGUAUUCCCGUGGCACUGGAGUGAUCCACGUGGUUGGCAUCGUUCCCCAGAGCCACCUGAAUGUGCUGACAUUCAACGUAGAAGAUGGAGAAAUCACAAGACAGGUGAGGGUGGCAGCCCCGUGGCUGGGGGCCCUGCAGGGCUCCUGUGCCGUGGUGGGCGAGGCCGUGCUGGUGUGUGUGGACGCGGCCGCGCGCUCGCUGCACGUCUGCGCCCUGGACUCGGAGCAGGACAUGAGGCACAUCCCCCUGCAGUCCCUGGAGCUGGAGUUUGCAGAUGACUUCCAGGCCAGGAUCUUGGCCACUCAGCCCAGUGUGACCAGUGCCUCACGGACUCAGUUCUUCCUGCAGCUGUCCCCAAGCCACUUCUCCCUGCUGCAGUACAAGCAGGGGCUGCUCAGCCACCUCCGGGACUUCCAGCAGGCAGCUCUGGUGAGUUUUGCAACAACCGGGGAGAAGACGGUGGCCGCUGUCCUGACAUGCAGGAGUGAACUGAAACCUGGCAGCUCCGAUGGCCUCCAUGCUGGCAGCACUCUGGAGGAUGCCCGGAGGCAGGAUUCUUUAAUCUGCUCCAAUCAAACCUACAACAUAAACCUCUACCUGGUUGAAACUGGGCAAAGGUUGUUGGAUACCACGAUCACCUUUAGCCUGGAGCAAGGAGGGGCCAAGCCACAGCAGCUGUAUAUCCAAGUUUUCCUGAAGAAGGAUGACUCUGUGGGCUAUCGAGCCUUGGUGCAGACAGAAGACCACAUGCUCAUGUUCCUCCAGCAGCCAGGAAAAGUUGUGUGGAGCAGAGAGGAGUCUCUGGCAGAGGUGGUGAGCUUGGAGAUGGUGGAUCUGCCUCUGACAGGUGCACAGGCUGAGUUGGAGGGAGAAUUUGGAAAAAAAGCAGAUGGUUUGCUGGGAAUGUUCCUGAAGCGACUCUCGUCCCAGCUCAUCCUGCUGCAAGCCUGGACUGCCCACCUCUGGAAGAUGUUCUACGAUGCCAGGAAGCCCCGGAGCCAGAUCAAAAACGAGAUUAACAUUGACAAUUUGGCCAGAGAUGAGUUCAACCUCCAGAAAAUGAUGGUGAUGGUCACUGCCUCGGGCAAGCUUUUUGGGAUUGAGAGCAGUUCUGGCACCAUCCUAUGGAAGCAAUACCUCAGGAAUGUGAGACCAGGCUCCUCCUUCAAGCUGAUGGUGCAGAGAACAACAGCCCAUUUCCCUCACCCUCCCCAGUGCACUCUGCUUGUCAAGGACAAGGAAACCAAGAUGAGUUUUCUGUAUGUCUUUAAUCCCAUCUUUGGGAAGAGAAGCCAAGUAGCUCCUCCUGUUCUGAAACGUCCCAUUCUCCAGACUUUGCUUCUGCCUAUUAUGGAUCAAGACUAUGCCAAAGUGCUGCUCCUGAUUGAUGAUGAGUACAAGGUUACACCUUUCCCAGCCACUAAAAACGUCCUUCGCCAGUUAGAAGAAAUAGCCCAUUCCAUCUAUUUUUACCUAGUUGAUGCUGAGCAGGGAAAACUCUCUGGAUUCAGGCUGAAAAAGGACCUGAGCACAGAGGAGAUCUGGGAGGUGGCCAUCCCCACAGAGGUGCAGAGGAUUGUGACUGUCAAAGGGAAGAGGUCCAACGAGCACGUGCACUCCCAGGGCCGCGUGAUGGGCGACCGCAGCGUCCUCUACAAGUCCCUGAACCCCAACCUGCUGGCCGUGGUGACUGAGAGCACGGACACGCACCACGAGCGCACCUUCAUCGGGAUCUACCUCAUGGACGGGGUCACGGGCAGGAUCAUCCACUCCUCCGUGCAGAAGAAGGCCAAGGGGCCUGUGCACAUGGUGCACUCUGAGAACUGGGUGGUGUACCAGUACUGGAACACGAAGGCCCGGCGGAACGAGUUCACGGUGCUGGAGCUCUACGAGGGCACGGAGCAGUACAACGCCACAGCCUUCAGCUCCCUGGACCGCCCCAUUCUGCCCCAGGUCCUCCAGCAAUCCUACAUUUUCCCCUCUGCCAUCAGUGCCAUGGAGGCCACCAUCACCGAGCGGGGCAUCACCAGCCGCCACCUGCUCAUUGGGCUGCCCUCUGGGGCCAUCCUGUCCCUUCCCAAGGCUCUGCUGGACCCUCGGCGCCCGGAGAUCCCCACGGAGCAGAGCAGGGAGGAGAACCUGAUCCCGUACUCGCCGGACGUGCAGAUCCACGCCGAGAGGUUCAUCAACUACAACCAGACCAUCUCCAGGAUGAGGGGGAUUUACACAGCCCCCUCUGGCCUCGAGUCCACGUGCUUGGUUGUAGCCUACGGGCUGGACAUCUUCCAGACGCGGGUGUACCCCUCCAAGCAGUUUGACGUGCUCAAGGACGACUACGACUACGUGCUGAUCAGCAGCGUCCUCUUCGGGCUGGUCUUUGCCACCAUGAUCACCAAGAGACUGGCCCAGGUGAAGCUGCUGAACCGGGCCUGGCGCUGAGGGAGGCCCAGCCUGGAGCAGCUGGGCCGGGCUGGGAUGCCAGCCCUGCCGAGGGAUGGAUCCAAACACCUCUAUUCCAUUUGGCUGGAAGAUAUUUGUGAGGAAGAGCUGCCGGAGGAACGAAACCUGCACUGCCCACCUGUCUCCCGCGAGGAGGAACGGAAGAGAUGAAAAAUAGAGACUUUUGUAGUCUGUUCUGACUGAAAAAGAAGGUCCCAAAUCUCCCUUAAAGCCUCAAAAUCAGUGUCUCCCUGAUGUUGGUGAAGAGAAUCCUGAGGAUUUGUGUCCUGCUCAUCCUGGGCUCUCCCUCGGUGCCAGCUGUGCCCCACAUCUGGCAGCGAGGAGGGUUGUUGGCUGUGCCAGCUGUGCCCCACAUCUGGCAGGGAGGAGGGAUGUUGGCUGUGCCAGCUGUGCCCCACAUCUGGCAGCGAGGAGUGUUGCUCCUGCUCCUGUGAGGAAGAGACCUUGGGUGAUUUAUUUAGGAAAAAUGUUGGGAUUUGCGUGUCUGGCAGUGGGAAACGGCCUCAUGGAGCCACUGACGAAGCUGCAGAGCGAUGGGAAGAAUUUGAACCUAAAGUCUCUCCAUGUUCUUUAUUUAUUAUGAAAACAUCAGUUCCUUCCCAUUUGUUUGUUAAUUUUCCUGCUUUUUUUCUGUGUUCAGAACUGGGGUUAAGGCGGGCUGGUUCAGGGGGAGGAGCCUCUCGGCUUUGAGCGCUGUGGAUUUGAAUUGUUCAGGUCCAGUUUGGCAUCGCGUGUCCCCCGGGAGUGGCCGUGUCCCCCCCGCGCCCCCCAGUGUUCAGAUCCCAAAAUAAAGCUGCGGAGCAGGGA